AUGUCCACGAGACCCGAAAAAUGCAGCCCAGAAGAUUUCAAAUCUCUACUCCACAGGCUACAUGGACUUGGCAUACAAGGAGACAAUGUUGUCCGGUGUGUCUCUCUCACUUUCGAAUCUCGCAUUGAUAAUGUAUCAAUAUACCUACAGGAUCUCGUCAGCGAAAUUGAGCGUCUGAAUACCAAGUACAAAGAGGCCAAGACAAGAAACUUCAAGCUCGAGAAAUCUCUGGCUGAGUGGCAAGCAAAAUCGAAGCGGUACAAAGUUGAAUGGCUUACUUCGAAGAAGAAGAAGGCAGCUGCACUAGCAACAAAAAUUGAUAAGCAAAAGGAAACACCAAAAUAUGUGUCAGUUUUAGUAAACGGGGAUGCGGACGAUUACUUGUUUAACAAGAUAUUCUUGUGUCAACGAUUAGAGGGUGGUCUCGAAGCCGCAGACGCAUUCUUGGGAAGAAUACGAAAAUACCUAAAGAAUCUCAGAACAUCUAUCGGCGACGCAGAUAACAUCGAAGUUGUAGUGAAAGUCUAUACUAGUUUAGAGGAUGAUCUAGCACUUCAUAUAAACGACGUCCAAUGUAAACAUGUCAUUUUGGCACCUAGUCAUGAUAGCGAGCAUACCGAAACCGAAGAGCUCCGUGGAACCGGAGAUGCGUCUAGCGGAACAGUGGAUGGAGAAGCCGGAGGUCGACAGCGAGGACUUAGAGCACCCUGUUCUAAGAGCAGACAACUCUCUAGCAGUCCAAAAGAAGCCGAUCCUAAGGAGACGGACCCUAAAGAGGCUCCUAAAGAGGCUGACCCUAAAGAAGCUAACUCAAAAGAAGCCGACAAAAACAAAAGCAAACGAAAAGAAGUUGCGAACUGCGCCAAACUCGGACCCGUCUUAUUUAAUUCGAAUGGACAACGAGUCGAUCGACCGUUAAAAGUUGGCAGGAGAGCCAGGAACCUCUUUACUGGAGGCAACUACUGUUAUUCGCACUAUCUGGUAGCCGAUUGUGUCAAACACUGUGUCCGUAAACAUGAUUAUCCAAGACCACUUUCUGAAGAGGCCUUUGAUACUAUGUGGUAUCUUGCUCGGUUUGAGAAGUGUUCUCGAGCGGGCAAUUGCAAAUCUGAUAGGUGCAUUUAUGGCCACUAG